AUGACAUUGUUGUCUCUACAUUAUAGUGAAUCUAGUGCUCUGAAUUUCAACCCCAGGGGAUGUAAACUUGGGACAGACAUUAAGAACUUGUGGCACCACUCUGCGAACGUAAAAACAGUGUUGGAGCGGAAAGGCUUUCUGAGCUAUGGCUAUAGGCAGAGCCAGCAAGAGGCCUUUCAUCCAGCUGCAGGAGAGAAUCCGUGGGAGAGUAUGAAAGCCUCGCGGGGACCAGGCAAGGGCCCUCUCCUCCUGGGCUUUCCGAGCACCUUUCCCCAGGCAGGUCAGCGCUUUAUGGGGCUUCGCGCCUUGCUCCGGCUGCGCAGCCAGGGCCGGGACAGUUGUGGGUGUGCGGUGAAGGUUCUCGGGACCCGCCGUCCCAACGCCCCGGGGCUGGGGACAAAGCUGCGGCAGCGCAGGCACGAGGGGGCCUCCCGCGGCGCCUCCGCCUUCACCUGCGCGGCCGCCCGCAGCCCGCGAUCGAUCGAGGAAGGGAGUAAAGCUGCGGCGGUUGACAAGUUACUGGCCGGAGACGAGAUAGUCGGCAUCAAUGGCAUUGGUCUCUCAGGAUUUAGACAGGAAGCGAUUUGCCUGGUGAAGGGGUCCCAUAAAACCCUGCAGCUGGUCGUCAAAAGGAGGAGCGAGCUGAGCUGGAGACCUCAUUCCUGGCACGCCACCAAGUUCUCUGACAGCCACCCGGAGAUGGCGGCCUCUCCGUUCCCCUCCGCUAUUGGCCCUUCCUGGCAAGGCCGACACCAUGCGAGUUCCUCCUCCCAUGACCUGUCCGGCACAUGGGAGCAGACGAACCUACAGCGCACCUCUGACCACUUCAGCUCCCUGGGGAGCGUCGACAGCCUGGACCACCCCUCUGGACGCCUCUCGGCAGCCAAGUCCAACAGCAGCAUUGACCACUUGGGUGGUCACAGCAAGCGUGACUCGGCUUACGGCUCCUUCUCCACCAGCUCCAGCACUCCUGACCACACCUUGUCCAAGGCCGACACCUCCUCAGCUGAGAACAUCCUCUAUAGUGUGGGCCUCUGGGAGGCCCCCAGACAGGGUGGCAGCCGGCAGGGCCAAGCUGCGGGUGACCCUCAAGGCCUGGAGGACAGGUUCGGGUGUUUCCCCCCACCUAGGGUCUCCAGUGACAGUGGCAAAAGCCUGAGGCCAGAGGACAGUUCUGAGCCUAAGCUGGCCCCCUCUGGGAGGUCCAAUUUUGGGCCUAUCUGGUAUGUUCCCGAUAAGAAAAAAGCACCUUCCUCACCUCCUCCUCCCCUUCCUCCUCUCCGCAGUGACAGCUUUGCUGCCACCAAGAGCCAUGAGAAGGCCCAGGGCCCUCCGUUCUCAGAGGCAGCCACUGUGCAGCACUUUACUGCCCUGGCUCGGACUCAGCCCCGUGGUGAAUGGAGACCAGAGCCUACCGAUCGGCUGUGGAGGCCAGCACGCCUGGGUGGUGGGAAGGGAGCAGGAGGCCCAGGCUGCCCACAAGAGGCCCGCCCAGAGUGUGGCUGGCCAUCCUCCGAUAACAGGGCUCCGGGCAGGCUCCAGGCCUCUCUGUCCAGCACGGAUGUGCGUGUCCCACAGUCAUCUCAUGGGGGCCAGCACCCACGCCAGUAUAGUGAUGACAGCCCCUUCUGCCCUGAAAACCUCAGGCAGGAGUCACCAGCCACCUGCCUCCAGGAUGACAGCCCCCCUCAAGUGAAGUGGCUUGGUGCCAUGGAGCAGAAGGUGGAGACUGGCGGGCCAAGCCAUCAUCAUUGUGUGCCUGUGAGGCGGCCCCUGCAAGGAGGCCCCCAAGCAGCUCAGCUCCGAGGGGGAUGCUGGCCUUCUGAUGUGGCCCCUGGGGCCCUUGAGUGUCCUCCCCUGCACCUGGCAGGCCAGAGCCCACAUCAUCACCUACCUCAGCACGAGGGGGCUCUGGAUGCCCACGAGACAGGAAGAUGUUACUCACUGAACGCAGGGACCGAGAGCUGCCCCAUGGGAACCCAGGAGCCUCCCAGGGCCAGCCGCACUGAAAAAGCCAGUCAGCAGAAGACAGCAGUUGGCUUCAAGUGGGCAGACGGGGAGAGCAGCAGAAUAUCCCCGCAGGAGACACCCCUGCUGCACUCCUUGACCCAGGAGGGGAAGCGCCAACCCGAGAACAGCCGGGAUGGUAGCACCAUGAGGCCACCGCCAUUCGAUGCCCAGGUGGGCAAGCCCACCCGGAGAAGUGACCGGUUUGCCACCACCCUACGGAAUGAGAUCCAGAUGCGCAGAGCCAAGCUGCAGAAAAGCAAAAGCACGGUGACGUUGACUGCAGCCGGUUGUGCAGGGGAUGCUGCCAGCAGCUGGAGGGCUGAGUUGGGAGGCAUAACUCCAGAAGGACCCUUCACUAGCACCUAUAAAGACCACCUGAAGGAGGCUCAAGCCCGGGUCCUGAGGGCCACGUCGUUCAAGCGCCGUGACUUGGAUCCUAACCCAGCAGACCACUACCUGGGGUCACCAGAACACAGGACAGAGGAUCCAGACACUGUGCCCCACUUCUGGGAGGUGGGCCUGGCCAAGCAGCCCUCAUCUGGAAGUGGCGUGCCCCACAUUCCCCGCAUCGGAGGCCGGAAACGGUUCACAGCAGAACAGAAACUGAAGUCAUACUCGGAACCAGAGAAGAUGAACGAGGUAGGCCUUUCGGGGGGCUACGAUCCUCGCCAGCACCCCAGGACAUCUGAGGAUACGGUGGGCACGUUUGCCGACAGGUGGAAAUUUUUUGAGGAAACAAGCAAACCCAUUUCCCAGCAGCCUGGGCAGAGACAAGCGCUUCAUGGUGUCCCAAGAGAGAAGCUGGAAAGGCCGCGGACAGCAGUUCGCCCAAAUGAGGGUUUAGAGCCCUGGUCACGCACGACUUCCUUUGGGGAAAGCCUCAAUGAUCACAGAAAAACAGAAAAGGCAGGGAAACUGGAACCACUGCAGAGACUUGGGACCUUUGCAGAGUAUCAGGCUUCUUGGAAGGAACAGAGGAAGCCUCUGGAAUCCAGGAGUUCUGGGCGGUAUCACUCAGCAGAUGACAUCCUGGAUGCUGGUCUGGAUCAGCAUGAGAGGCCACAGUAUGUUCAUGAAAGGUCCCGGUCGUCACCAUCCACAGACCACUACAAACAGGAAGCUUCUGUGGAACAGCGAAGGCAGGCAGAGGACCCUGGUGAGCACAGAGAAGAGCUUCCCCACACAGUCUGUGCCGAGGAGGGGCAGUCCACUCUGAGACAAGCAGAUGCCCAAUGUCAGGAAGGCAGUCCAGGAACACAGAGACGCCCACCGAGUCAGAACUUACAGAACCCGUCCACAGUCUCUGAAUCAUCUCACCCCCAGGAAGCCCCACAGCUGCCCCGGGAGGGCCGGAGCCGAGCAGGGACUCUACCCCGUGAUUAUAGAUACUCGGAGGAGAACAUCCCAGCAGAUUCAGGACCCCAAACCCAGUGCAUCAGCUCACCCCCGCAAGCUCGGGGACAGGACUCGUGGCUGGUGAGCGCAGCCCCGCUCACCAAGAGGCCAGUCCCGCAGAGGCCACCGCCAUCCAAGCGUGAGCCCAGGAAGUACAGGAGCCCGGAUAGCACACCUGCUGACAUUCACCUGGCCAUCCCCAGCAGGCCCUUCCCACCACCAUCCCCCGCAUCCCUGGAUGUGUGUGAGGCCCGCCUGCCCCUCUCCCACAGCCCUUCUGUGGUCAGCAGUUCCCAGCCCCAGGAUGCCCCGAGGGCCGCUGCCUGUGAGCAUGAUAGCCAGCAUGUGAGUGGGGACACGCCCCGUCCUCCACCAGAAGCACUGCUCCCUCCUAAGCACCGGCACUUGCAGACAGCCACCAUGGAGACCUCGCGUUCCCCUUCCCCUCAGUUUGCUCCCCAGAAACUGACGGACAAACCUCCCCUGCUCAUCCAGGAUGAGGAUUCAACAAGAAUCGAGCGGGUGAUGGACAACAACACCACGGUGAAGAUGGUGCCCAUCAAGAUCGUGCAUUCGGAGAGUCAGCCAGAGAAAGAGAGCCGCCAGAGCCUGGCGCGCCCCGCUGAGCUGCCUGCCCUGCCCAGCGGGCUGGAGAAAGACCAGAUCAAGACACUGAGCACAUCAGAGCAGUCCUACUCCCGCUUCUGCGUGUACACGCGGCAGGGUGCCGAGCCCGAGGCCCAGCACAGGGCCCGACCAGCCGAGCCCGAGCCCCCCAGUGCCCAGGCACCCCCUGAGAAAGAGCGCUGUGCCUCCCCUCCCGGGCUCAGCUACAUAAAGGCCAAAGAGAAGACUGUGGAAGACCUGAAGUCAGAGGAGCUGGCCAGGGAGAUCGUGGGGAAGGAUAAGUCUCUGGCCGACAUCCUGGAUCCCAGUGUGAAAAUAAAAACCACCAUGGACUUGAUGGAAGGGAUCUUCCCCAAAGAUGAGCACCUCCUGGAAGAAGCCCAGCAGCGGAGGAAGCUGCUCCCCAAAAUCCCCUCUCCUAGAACCACAGAGGAGAGGAAAGAGGAGCCAAACAUGCCUGCAGCUGUGUCCCUGGCCACCAAUUCUACCUACUACAGCACAUCGGCCCCCAAGGCGGAGCUGCUGAUCAAGAUGAAGGACAUGCAGGAGCAGCAGGAGCCCGAAGAGGAUUCGGGGAGCGACUUAGACCAUGACCUCUCAGUGAAGAAGGUAGGAAAGCUGGAAUUCACAUGUGCCUUGCGAGGUAGGGAUGGCACUAGGACCAGGUCU